GAAAAAGGACAUUGCGCGCACAAGAAAGUGAGAAACUCUCUGUGUAUAUAUUGAGAAUUCAAAUAAGAUUUGCCGAGAAUAAACUAGCUUCACCGACAUGAUAGUUCUUUGCAAAAUAAGUGACCGUGUUAAUUGUUCUGUGUUACGUAAGAGAAUCGAUUUAUGUGACAAACCCACCCUCAAGAAACAUCAGCGUAAUAUAACGUUUUAUAGUGUUACAGCCUCAAGGAGCAUAUACAAAUACAUCUCGCAACUUUUGGAGAAAUUUUCCAUUUUUAACUAUGACUUUAUGUUUAACAUAUUUUAUCAUCGGGAGGCAUAUUACGAUCACAAUAAAGGAGGCGUAAAUAUCAGGCUUGAUAAUAGCAGCAGUCGCGUGUUAAGGAAGGAAACGACUGGAAAAAUAUAUAAGUGCAAUAAGUUGACAAAAAAAUCACACCGAGUUACAUAAAUGAAAUGUAUGUUUCAAGAUUUUCACGUCUUGCGGUGCAUAAUGUCUGGGAUACUUCAUUUUUUACAUUCUCCUAAACUCCUAAAUUUGAAAUAUGUCAUCAUUAUGUACUUUAUUACUGUAUUAAAAUUCUCGCAGAAAAAAGUACGUAAAACUAGAGAUUGGUGACAGAAGCAAAUGUACUUUUUGAAUUUCAAAUUGGAUAUUUCUGCUUUUAUAGUCAUGGAAAUUGUCUAUUUGCUAUAUAGGUUGAA